UUAGUCAACUGGUCGUUCUGUCACUGCUGUGCUGCGCUCGUACAACUGUGCAAUAUGAUCGGGUCGGUAUACUUUUCUCUUCCUCGUUUCACCUGUGCAGAUAGCUGGAAACAAAUAUCUAACAGACAAGAUGAUUUUUUGCGCAACAUUAAACCGAGAUGACACGAAUUGGGAAAACGAUUCACAAAGAGUAACGAAAAAUGAGAAUUUCAACGUUGAUUCCAACGUGUCGUGUGAGACUACAAAAGAAUUCUUCUUUUACAGUGAUUAUUGUAAUUCGUAGUGUGAAAGACAUUUAGACUUGCAAAAUUUGCAUCUAAAUACAAUAGAGAUGUGUAUUGCAAGAUAUUUGAAGAGAAUAUUUGGAUAAUUGAUACGAUAUUUGGAGAAUUAAGUGUUCGUCAAGCGCGGAAUUACAUUACAUGCCACUUUGUUCAAGGAUAAUACGUUAAGAAAUAGUACAUGAAAUACGUGAGAAAGAACUCAUGAUAAAUAUGAAAUGUGACAACGGUAAAACGGACAACGAUCUGUGACCUAUGUACAAAUUUCAGGAAUACUUGAAGUGCUUAACUCAUAUCAUUUUUUUAUAUACACAGAACCUGAAAGAAAUAAACGUGAGAUUUAUAAAUUGUUUCGUAGAAAGCGACAGCUAAAUUUAUGAUUAAAUAUAAUGUGAUAUCCGAUACUGAAUGUCAUAAAAUAGAAACAAAUUGGCUGUAUUUUUUCACUUUCGAUAUCUUUGAUGAAAGUUUUCUAUUAUAAAAGUAGUAUCUGUCUUUUAACUUUUCGUCUUUUAUCCUACCGUAAGUAUUGCGUAUCGGCAAGUUCCACGUGAUGAUAGUUACCCACUAUUAACCGCAUUACAAUUGCAAAAUCGACUAACUGCCGGUUAGUUGUAGAUAAGGUUGUAUCUACAACUUUUUUGUACGUAAUCAUUAAAUACCUUCGCAGAUGCAAGAAUCUUUUUCACAUACUUAAUCGGUGAAUUGAUCAGAUUUUUUUCCGAAGGUGUCUGCUGAACUGUUGCAAUAGUUAUUAUUGUUUAAGAGAUCUUCAGAUCGCGAUAUACACACUUAUCUUUAUCGACAACAUUACUGUCGCAAUAAAUCCAUAAAUCAUGCUUAUCUAAAAGAAUAAUUCCAAUUGAGUAGGCACUCAUGUGUGCUGUUUAGUAAUAUCCAAAUAAAUCACUUAAUUAUAGUUUAAUUAUAGCACCUCUGACAACACUUUGAAAAUCGACUUUUUAAUUUCGAAGAAAACAUAUCUACAUUGCAUUACUUCUCCUACGUCGUAUCUUUAUUGCAUGUUUAUAGAGGAAUUAACAAUCAAAUAAAAUACCUGUUCUAUAUAUAGAUGGAUCAAUUACUUCUGCACACACAUGAAACAAACACGCGGUGAUUUAACAAUUAUUUAUAGAGGUGUAGACAUAUUCAAGUCUCUCGCAAAAAUUGACCAAUUAUGGAUGUUUUGUGUUUGUCUCUUGCUAUUUUGCAAUCGUGAUUGCAAUUGUACAUUACGAAAUUGAUAAAGCUACAGCUAACAGUUUGCAGCUCUUCCGACACUUUGGGAUCUGUGCCGUGUGAAUGUAUUGAAUGAAGUAUACACACAUUGUGCAAUUUCAGCGAACUGUAAUAGUAAAUGUCUUAUGCGUGUGUAAAUCUGUGAUUAGGCCAUGAUAACUUGACGUUGUUGAAUCAAUGCUGCAGUCAAGGUGGCAGUAACAGAGUGCGAUCUCAUUGGUAUUUUCCGAACGAUGCAUAUGUAUUUUUAAAUAUGUAUUUUUAAUUAAUAUACAGAUAACUCUAUAGAUAACUCUAUAGAUUUAUCAUUCAUAAACUCUAGAUUAAUCAUUGAUUGAUUACGAGAUCCAAAGUGAUUACAUAUCAAUAUUCAUAAAAAUGAUUGCUUGUUAUGAUUGCCGUGUCGUCUUGCUGCGAUUGCAACACUAAUUUUAGCACGAUUAUCACAUUUCGCGUUCAUGUUUUAAUUACUUGUAAAAUUGAUGUUAUCGCGCGAGAUGAUUCUAUAAUAUUAAAUAGACUGUAUGGUACCAUUGAACGGUGUAACAAUUAUUUUAUAGAUAAUGCAAUCGUAUAUUGUUAAUAACAAUAAUAAUAAUCGUAUUUUGUUGCCGCUAACAGAGCUUUAUGAUACUGAUGCAGGUGUAAAUGCGGUCAUGGCGAACCAUUAGAGCGUAAUCACGGUCGCGUAACUCGAACCGGUAGAAGCAUUACUGAUUUCUACGGUUAAACAUUGUAUAAAUGUUUUGUACAUCAUACAUCAAUCUACUAUACAUCACAAUGCAUCCUUUAUUAAAAAAAUAUAUACUUUUGUUUCGCUGUGCAUGUCUAUCGAUGCAUUAAAAUGCGCUGAUCGAUUGUUUAGGUAAGGAAGAGGAAGCUGAUUUUGAUGAGCCUGGCCGGACUCGUACUUCUGGCCGCUUUUGUAGCGAUAAUAACAGCCUCUGUUAUACGCAAUUUGAAUGUUAAAUGCGACAAGUACGUUAGUUCCUCCGAAUUGGGUCAGUAUGCGAAGGCCGCCGUAACAACAAAUGGUCAAGAGUGUGCACAAAUCGGUGCUGACAUUUUAGAUAAGAACGGUUCGGCGGUGGAUGCGGCGAUUGCGGCACUCCUCUGCGAAGGUGUCGCAUCUUUGCACAGUAUGGGACUGGGUGGCGGAUUUCUCAUGACGAUAUGGGACGCGAAGACCAAAAAGGCGGAUUAUCUGGAUGCGAGAGAAACCGCACCGUUGAAGGCGACGGAAGAUAUGUUCGACGGCAAUGCUCGCCUAGCCAUGUAUGGUGGAUUGGCAGUGGCAGUUCCGGGAGAACUCAUGGGCUAUUGGGAAGCGCAUAAAAAAUACGGGAAUUUGCCGUGGUCUGAAUUAUUUCAGCCUACCAUUGCGUUGUGCAACGUUGGAUCUCGCGUCAAUGAUUAUCUGGCCGCGUAUCUGCGCGUGAAGGAGCCCAUGAUAAGAAACGAGAGCAGUUUGGCAGAGAUACUCAUAAAUCCUGCCACCAAUAAAACAUGGAUUGCUGGAGACAGAAUAAAACGACCGCAACUGGCAAAGACGUUGAGGCUGUUAGCGGAUGAAGGUCCCGACAUAUUUUACAAUGGUACCAUGGGCGACGGGUUGGUCGACGAGAUAAGGGCGUUCAAAGGGAUAAUCACGAAACAGGAUUUUCAAUCGUACAGAGCUAUAUGGAGAAAGCCAAUUGUAUCGAAAAUAGGAAACCUGACGAUCUACGGUGCUCCUCCGCCGGGUUCAGGUGUAAUUUUGGCAUUCAUAAUGAACGUCCUUCGCCGACUUUUACCGGUCGACAAUGAGAACAUAAUGUGGCAACGUAUAGUUGAGACCUUUAAGUGGGCUUAUGCAAGAAGAACCGAGUUGGGAGAUCCUGACUUCGUCAAAGGAAUGGACGCGGUGCUCGCCAAUUUAACGUCCGACGAGUACGCGGAAAUGAUAAAGGGAAGGAUAAAGGACAACUGUACAAGCCAAGACCCAGAGGAGUACGGCGCUGUUACUGCAACAAUCAUGGAUUCAGGAACUGCUCAUGUAUCUGUCCUUGCUCCUGACGGUUCCGCCGUCUCUGUUACGUCGACUAUUAAUCAAGUUUUUGGCGCGAUGAUACGUUCCACAUCUACCGGUAUAAUAUUCAACGACGAGAUGGACGACUUCAGUUCACCCAAUAUAACCAACGGCUUCGAUCUCCCGCCGUCACCGGCGAAUUUUAUUCGACCCGGUAAACGCCCGUUGAGUUCGAUGAGCCCGACUAUAGUGGUCGAUCAAAACAAUGAUGUGAGAUUAGUGAUAGGUGCAGCUGGUGGCACGAAGAUCACGACUGGCGUGGCGAUUGGGAUGAUCCUGAAUCUCUGGUCUGGUUAUAACGUAAAGGAAGCGAUUGACGCGCGCAGGCUUCACCAUCAACUGAUGCCUAUGAACGUGCAGAACGAGAAAGGAUUCUGCCCAACUACGCUAAAUUACCUGUACGCGAUUGGGCACAACGUUACCACUUUCACUGGAAUUGGCAGCGCGAUUACGGCGGUAUCCAGAGAAAACGGGCUUAUAACAGCGAACUCGGACUAUCGUCGACAAGGAAGGACGGCGGGAUUGUAGAAAUUACUUUGUACAAUCCGUGCAGAUGAUCUUGUAAUACUAGAAAUUCUUUUUCGUGACACUGUGAUCUUCUUGAGAACAAAAAACUGGUAUUAGCAAGUUGCCACUUUAAUAUCGAUAUUAUUACUGGUAUUCUUUGGUAGAAUAAAAUCUCUGUUGCCAAGUGUUCUACUUCAAGAGAACGCAGUAGCGUAGAGUGCUUAAAGUUACAAAGUCGUCCAUGUGAUACAUAGAUAAUUUUUCUGUUUUAGCGUUAUAUAGAAUUUUAUAGAGAAAAUGUAUAUAUAUAUAUAUGUUGAAGUGAAUCAUUCAGAAUAUUGUUAUAAACAUAUACAUAUCAUCUAAUUCAAAAUUGUAGUAUCGGUUUAAGAUGAUAGAUGAUUGAAUUUUACAUUUAUGAUAAAUGAUUGAAUGAAGUUAAGAGAUUUGGCUCUCAUUACUUAUGAUUUAGUUGUAGAUAUUUAAGAAUUACAUUUGCAUGUAUUCUUGUGUGUACGUGUAUAUAUUUUGUCGCUCGUAGAUCAUUGCAUCUGUAUAUAUUUCAUAUAAUAUGACGUACAUGUUGAAGAAAAAUAUAAAACAAUAAAAAUUAUCUGUAUAAUAUUUUCAUGAAUAAAAAAGUAGCGUAAUUUAAAGUAAAGAUACGAUAAUUAAAAUAUGUAUGCACACAUAGGAUGAGCGCAGCAUAAUUAAGUUUCGAUUUAAGUUUCAGUAGAUCACUUAACUUAGUAAUUUCUUGGAUAUAAAGUAAUUUAUAUAACAAUUCAUUAACAUUGAGAUAAUUUCUCAAGACGUUUCUAUUGACGUUUUUUAUCAUAAUAAUAAUAGUAUUUACACAUGGCUAUUUAUUUUAUGCUAAUAAAAUAAUAAUGUAUAUAAAUUGCAAUUGGUUUCAUAAUGUAAAGAAGUAAAAUACUUCGUUUAUAAUUAGCGAGUUUAUCGCUAUUUUUAUAUUCUAUUCUCGCAAGUAUUUUCAUAUAUUAUAUGCAUUAUUUUAGGUACUGAAAGACGUCAGAACAGCAAAAUAAAGAAACAUAUCCUUGGCAAGUCACA